AUGGGCUCGGAGAAUCUUGGGAAAGAGAAGGUGAACGUGUUGGAGCACCUGUCCCAGCUGGCCGUCAACACCACUAAUGUAUCCUUAUCUGUGGGGACCCAGAAUUGUCCGACUCUUCACAUUGGCCUGUACGCCACACUGGCAAUGCCCACACACCAGGCAUUUGGACCAAGGUUUGUAGAUGAGUUCAGUGUGCUGAUGGAGCUGCGUAGUGUUCAGCAGGAGGAGAGUAGCCUGGUCACCGUGCUCAGUCCCUACAGCCACAUCCAGCUGCAGCUCCGUCUCAGCCCACACACGGUCACCUUCGUCUCCACUCACCACAGACAUUACGAGUUCCCAGUAGGUAUGCUGCCUGACGGCCAGUGGCACCAGGUCUCUGUAGGUGUGUCCUCCAGCUGGCUGGCCCUCUAUGUGGACUGUGAGCUGGUGGAGAGGGUGAACUGGACCUACCCUGGACAGGACAUUACCACUGAUGGUCUGCUGAUGCUGGGGGGCAUCAUAGAGGGCUUUGAGACUCCAUUUGAGGGUGCUCUGAGACAGAUGACCUUUGUGAUGGGUGACCCCGACGCAGCCAGACACCAAUGUAACCUCCACCUCCCUAUGUGUGAUGGAACGGCACCCAAAGCUCCACGGUCCCCAAGAACACCCCACACACACCAGGAUGCCGAGUUGUCCUCUGGUGACCUGCUAGAUGACUUGACAAACAGUAAAGGGAGUUCCAGAGAGAAUUCCACAGAUAAAGGGGAUGCUGUCAUGGAUCCCUCCCUCCCAGAAGGCAAGUCUCCUAUCUCCCAGCACGCAGCCACCCUACAACAACUAGGGAAUGGGUUUGUGGGAGUUGAUGAGGCAGACCCCUCUAUCUUCACCCUACAUCACACGGAUACAGGUACCCGUGGCAGCAAUUCCCCCUAUACAGUCACUGCCUUGGAUGAGAACAUCACCACAGAUGCAGAAGACAGACCACAACAUGACAUCAUCGACCUGGACUCCACCGGCCCCUCCCCCAGUUUCCGAAGGAAAGGCUCUGACCAGAAGAGCCCAUCCCAGUCUGGUCACCCUGACCCCAGUGUGCUCUUGGAGGAGAACCUGUUGCCUCCUGCGGGGUCAGCAGUGGAGCAGGGAAGGAUUAGUAGUGGCUCUCUCACACAGAAGGGCCAGGGGAACAGUGAGGGAGUCGGACAGGCUGGUUCUGAUCACACAGGCUUGCUGACAGUGGCACCCAGUGAGGGUGAUGUCAUAGUCGGAUCUGACAACAAGAUUUACAGGCUCCUGAGUGGCCCUCCAGGGCCAGUUGGCCCUCCAGGAGAACAAGGAUGUGCUGGCAAAGAAGGCUAUAUUGGGUUCAAGGGAGACAUGGGAUCUCAGGGUGUCAGAGGGCAGGAGGGCAGGAGAGGUGAGACAGGCCUCCCAGGUCCUCCAGGCCUACCCACCCUCUACCUGUGGAGGAACUCCCAGGAGGAUUGGACUGACUUCAGGGCUGGCCUGGCAUUCCUGGAGAUCCUGGACACAGACAAAUGCCAGGACACAGGGGAAACAUGGGUUACCCUGGGCCGAAGGGUGUGUCAGGUCGAGGAGGGACCUGGGGCAGAGAUGGUCAGCAUGGCCUGGAUGGACAGCCAGGGCCACCGGGAUUGCCUGGGCUUCAGGGUUCUAAAGGAGAGCCAGGGGAACCAGGUUCUGUUGGCCCACUUGUGA